AUGAACAUGCAAGCCUCCUCCGUUAUGGACAUUCCAGAUCUCUCCACUGCCCCUCUCACAGCCUGCUCGCAAGUUCGAAGGAACUGCAUAUCCCGAAGCCAAAGACGCGCUCUCCAACGGCCUCUUCCGCCUCCGGACAGACCAUGUCAGAGGAGCGAAAGAGCUCGCUACAAAGGCCAUAAUCCCCCUGGUGCACAUGCAGAAUUCAUUGGGGAGAGGCCUAGUAUGAAUGCGUCGAUUACGAGUGCGAUUGUCAAGGCACUGGAUAGGAAGAGGUUGGGGUUGGCGCAUUUGGACGAAGGGGACGUUCAAGAUCGGUAUGGUGAGCGCGGGGAGAGGAGGUCAUCGGUGCUCACCAGCGAUGGGGGUUGGGAGGUAGGGAUGGUGGACAGCAAUUGGGAUGGGGAGAGAGGCAUUCAAGUGACGGUGGGGAAGAUGCAUGACUAUUUGCGGGAGAGGUAUGAGAAUGCUACAUGGACUCGAAUUGAGGAUGGUUUACGGCAGUUUUUGUACGGGAAGGUUCUAGAAGAGAAGUAUAGGCGGGUCGUUAAAAUCUUGACGUUGAGUUCUAGUGCGACUGUUAUGAAUGCAUUGCUAACCGUCUGGGAGACAGAAAACAAGGAGAAUCGAAGUGGUGGGUUGCAUAUUCAAUUGAAGAUGAUGCAAUCGCGGCCGCUCUGUGGCGGGGUAGAGUUGGCGAGAGACCUUUGUCCAUGGUGCACAAGCCGUUGA